GCUGCGCGAGCCAAUGAGCGGGCGGCUUGUUGCGUUGUUGGGGCGUGACACUUCCGAGGGAACUCUUAUUCCUCCUUUUACUCCCCGUAUGUCUUGUCAACGGGAGUGCGCGGGUCUUUAUUUUUCCCCCAACAGGCUCGUAUCGCUAAGGAGGGAUUUGGUAUUUUAUAAAACGCCCCGAUCAAAGGGUAGAGAGUCGACUUCCGGGCAGCGUCCAGGGUCGUUUGUCAACGCUCCCCUCGCAGGGGGGCCCCGUGCGUCGCACCGACAACAUGAAGCAGGUUCCAUCACACGGUCGCCCAACGGACCCACCGAUGAAGAAGAAGCUUUGCAAUCCGCUGCGUGCCAAACGCGGCAGGCUGGCCAGCGCCAGCGAUCAAUCUGCCCCAGAAGAGAAGGUCACCGGGUCCACGGCCCAACCCAACCCUGAAACCGUCCCAGAAUCGAGCUCACCAACCCGAAACCUGGCCAUGAUGCAGCACAGUCACGAGCUCCUCGCGUUCCUUAACGAGGACCGGGCCAGGCGGAGGUUCUGCGAUGUGUCGGUGUCCGUGGGUGGGAAGCUCUACAGUGCCCACAAAGUGGUGCUGGCCCACGGGAGCAGCUACUUCCACGCUGAGCUGUCCAAGAACCCUGCCACGGCGCACGUGACUCUGGACCACGUGGAGGCCUCGGUUUUUCAGCACCUCCUUGGCUUCUUGUACACCUCCGAGUGCGCUGUUGCAGAGAUGGACCUGCCGGCUCUGACCGAAGCGGCCCAAUUCCUGGACAUGAUGGAUGUGCUGAAGCUGCUGUGUGAAGAAGGUGACGACAACACAGGACGUGUGGUCCCGGCCCAGGGCGAGAUGAGCGGCUCUCCCCGGGUGGCCUCCAGUGGCUCGCCGGGCGUUAACAGGGUCAUCCAGGGCCCACAUCAGUACGCCUCAACGGAGAAAGAGAAGACGCCAGAUCAGAGAGCCGUCACCACGCGGAGAUCAUCUCGCAGGAGGAAAACCCCCACCAAAUAUCAGCCCACCAUCGACACUCCUGAGGAAAAACAAAGGAGUGUCUCCUCGAGGGAGCAAAGCGACGAGAGAAUGGAAGAAGCCGGAAAGUCGAUGGUGGAAAACCGCUUUCCCAAACUGGACGCAGACGAGACGUCGAAAGUAGCUCGGGGGGAAGAUGAGGUGGACGAGGAGGGAGAGGACGAUGGGGACGCGAGUGAAGACUGGGUUGCCCAGAGGAAAGCUGUUGAGGCUUGCGCCGUAGAGCAGAACAAAGCUCAGCAGGUUUCGGACGUAGAAGGGGUCGAGCACGAGGCCGGCGGAGAGGUGGAGGAGCCCGUGGCAGCUGCAGGAAGCUCCACACAGAGUCCAGUGUACCCCGAAGGUCUGGCUCCUGUCAUCAUCCAAACCUCCAGCAAGAAGAUUCUCAAGUGCCCCAAAUGUGACAAGACGUUUGACCGCGCAGGGAAGUAUGAGAGUCACACCAGAGUGCACACGGGGGAGAAACCGUUUCAGUGUGACGUCUGUCUCCAGCGCUACUCCACCAAGUCCAACCUGACCGUACACCAGAAGAAGCACGCCAGCGACGCCCCCUUCCAGAAGAAGGAGCACAAAUGCCCCUUCUGCAACAAACUCCACGCCAGCAAGAAGACCCUGGCCAAGCACGUCAGGAGGUUUCAUCCAGACCACGUCCAAGAGUUUCUUACAAAAAGGAAGAGGAAGAGUGAAGGCUGGAAAUGUGCAAUUUGUCUGAAGACCUUCACACGCAGGCCUCACCUGCAGGAGCACAUGAUCCUGCACACCCAGGACCGGCCUUUCAAAUGCUCCUUCUGUGACGAAUACUUCAAGUCGAGGUUUGCCAGGCUGAAGCACCAAGAGAAGUUCCAUUUAGGUCCCUUCCCCUGUGAGAUUUGUGGUCGACAGUUUAACGACACGGGCAACAGAAAGCGGCACAUUGAGUGCACGCACGGAGGCAAAAGAAAGUGGACCUGCUUCGUCUGUGGUAAAUCCGUAAGGGAGCGAACAACUUUGAGGGAGCACCUGAGGAUCCACAGUGGGGAGAAGCCUCACCUCUGCAGUAUCUGUGGCCAAAGUUUCCGACACGGCAGCUCUUACAGUUCAGUUUUUUUUUUUUUGGACAGGCUCCACCUCAGAGUCCACCACGACGACAAGCGAUACGAGUGUGACGAAUGCGGCAAAACCUUCAUACGCCACGAUCACCUGACCAAACAUCAGAAGAUACACUCUGGUGAGAAAGCACACCAAUGUGAAGAAUGUGGCAAGUGCUUCAGGCGCCACGAUCACCUGACGGUCCACUACAAGAGCAUUCACUUGGGAGAGAAAGUUUGGCAAAAGUAUAAAACCGCUGUGCAUCAGUGUGAGAUUUGCAAGAAGGAAUUUAAAGGAAAGUCUAGUCUGGAAAUGCACUUCAGGACACACUCGGGUGAGAAACCCCACACGUGUCCAGAGUGCAACCAGACAUUUCGCAUCAAGAAGACCUUGACGAAGCACAUGGUGAUCCACUCAGACGCCCGUCCUUUCAACUGCCCCCACUGCAGCGCCACCUUCAAGAGAAAAGACAAGCUCAAGUACCACGUCGACCACGUGCACAGCGCCCGUUUCAAUGAGCAGCCCCACGGCACUGGGCCCGGGGAGGACAAAGAGGUCUCCGUUCCCUUUGGGGAGGCCUCUAAGGUGUACAGCGCUGAACCCAAGUCCGCCGUCCAGAGCGGCCCUUCCACUGCCCAUGUCUGCGUGCCGGUCACUUUGGUCCCCGUCCAGAUGGCGGGUGGAGCGCAGGGGGACCCGAAUGCUCACAGGGCCUCUUCUCUUCCCUCACACAGCGCUGCGAGCAUGCAGGCUCAGGGGCCGCAGCAGAGCUCCAGCUUCCAGGCGGCUGCAGACCUGGCCUUUUUAGAGAAGUACACCCUCACCCCUCAGCCCGCCAACAUCGCCCACCCCGUGAGACCCGAUCAGAUGCUGGACCCCCGAGAGCAGUCCUACCUGGGCACGCUGUUGGGACUGGAUUCAGCUUCCUCCGUGCAGAACAUUUCCAACUCUGAUCUCACACACUGAUGCUCCUCAGCAAAACCGGAUUUAUAAAAUAGGAAGAGAAGCUACUGUAUUCAGCACCUAAAUAUAUUCACAGUCCAUAGAGAGGACGAUCAUGGAACGUCAUUACAAUUGAGAUAAGCAUGACCUGGUUAAUGUUUAGGGGGAUCUCCGGAAACUCACACCUUAUUAUAGAUUAAAUUAAAUAGAUAUAUUCAAGUACAAAAAGAAUAAAAGUGUGGAUUUAAAAAGGUGUUUUUCUGCUUUAGCUUUGGUAAAAUUAUGACAAAUAUUUUCAGAAUAUCUACAAGUGACAAAGGCCUUCUCCUACACGGAUGACAAGCUCCUGCCCAAGUCGAGAAGAGGCUUUCUCCGCCAUGUCCAGACCCUAACAAAGUCCCGGGAAGAAACCAGAAUCCAACUGUGGAUGGAGGAGCUUGAGAAAGACCCUUCAACUGUCGUGGAGUUAAAACCUUCCCCUGGCCCAGAAGCACCAUGUUCCCAACUGACGAUCAAAAGCUGCUCAGGCCAGAUGGGCUACAAGACCUGUCCGACCACCUGUGAGUGUGGAGGAGCAGAUACUGUGGAGCACUGCCCGCUCUGCCAACACAGACCGUGCUUUUGUCAAUAAAAGUGCAAAGGACUGUAGAGAAAUGGGAAACUGUCAGAUAACCAUCACACUUCGGAAGAGGAAUCAGAACUCUAUAAAAACAGUUACAGGAGAUGAAAACAAAUAUCUGGAAUGUCAAGGCUUGACAGGAAUUUAAAUUUUCAAUUUGGAUAAAUGAUUGUAGUAAUUCAUCCAGUAAAAUUGAAAUAAUUUGUUUGAUUAUAUAUUUUUGAUUUUGGUUUUAGUAACUUAUGAUAAAUCACCUUGAACCCUGGAUAAAUGGCCUUACCACAUGCAGAACUAAAUAUCCAUAGGUUGUAUAAAAUAUUCGCAAGUUGCGUCUUUGUAAUGCUGAUUAAACUUAAACGGUGGCCUCUAGGAAAUAUGUUUCCACUCAUGCAGUGUCCCGUGUACAAGAACCUCGUUAUGAGUACCAACAAUGAAUCCAUGAAAUUCAAUUUUAAAAAUGAAAUCAGUGGUUAUUCUGAAAAUAUGUUUAGAAACGUAUAAGCGGAAAAGAGACAAACUGUAAAGUGGAAUGAAUGCUGCCGCUGUCAAAGACACUUCCUCACUUUUAAUUGUUGGAUAUUGCAAUUUCAAACAGUUAAUAUUCACGUUCUGAAUGAGCGGCAAUACUAUUCUAAAACUUUGCCUCAUAGCCAAUAAAAUCUGAUAUGAUAAUUAUAA